AUGUCUAUGUCUCUUGGUGACAGGAUUUUGAUAGGCGUCGACGGCAAGGUUGGGCAGCCUGGUACACAGUUCUAUGACGCCCGAGAUACAGUUGCUCCACCAGGCCGGAACGGCGAACACGGGCGUUCCGCAUCAGCCGCAACAGCAGGUACGAAUGCGGGCACGGUUUCGAUUGAGAUAACACCGUCUAGGCUCGAGCCGGGUGGUAUACACGCAGUUGGGACCACAACUUGUGCCGGGUCCGAAUGGGAGGUUUCGGCUGAUAAGACGUUCUUCUUAUCGGCGCGAGGUGGAGAUGGCGGAGCCGGAGGGAGGGGUGAGGAUGGACAAAUGGGGGGUGCUGGGAUAAAAGGCGAGAAUGCGACUGAAUACGCGGAGGCACAGGCUGGCGGGCCAGGAGCGAACGGUGGAGACGCUGGAUAUGGCACAGAUGGCGGAAAUGGUGGAAAUGGCGGGGUUGUAUUCAUUGAGGUUGCGGAACAGGACACAAACCUACUUCUGGGUGUCGACUGGGACAUUUCUGGUGGUAUGGGUGGUGCAAGUGGUGUCCAUGGCAAUCGUGGGGAAGGGGGCCAAGGCGGAGAAGGUGGUGAACAAUUUACUUGGCAGGUUUACGAUGGCAUUGGGUACUCUUGCUGUGGGGGUGCAAAAGUGUGCACCUGUUCAAAAUUCGUUCAAACGAAUAAAUACAUCAGCUAUACUCGUCCCAUUGGCCCUCCAGGCCCUUAUGGGAUGUGGGGGUCUCUUCCAUCAACAGUUUUAAAGCCUGGUUCCAACGGUGCUCAAGGCUCGGUCCAUAUAAAAGUUAAAAGCUCGAACGGCAUGGACUCAAUCUACCAUGGAAAAUAUUUCUUAAAAAUUACAAGUUUUGAGAUUGUCGAUGCCGGUAACGACGGAAUAUUCGAGCCCGGCGAGCAUAUAAUAGUGAGGAACAUAUGUGUGCAGAAUAUAGGGGGAAUGCCUUCACCUGCCCAUGCACGGAUACCUGUGCUGAUUAGAAGUACCGCGUGGUUCGACCCACUUAUCGAUGAACCUGCCUACCUCCCGAACUCAAUAUUCCCUGGAGAAACGGCCAGUAUUCGCGGGGAGGUACGGGCCUUCAUACGGCAGGAGGGACAAGUGCGUCCGCCUGGGGUGAUUUUUCAAGCAGUUGACCAAUUGGAUUUGGUUGCGAUGAUGCCGGGCAUAAAUAAAGCGCUUCCAGAGUUCUUCCAGCCAGUCGCCCUCCCGAUUAGAUAUCCAUUGGAACUUGAGGCGCCAAGUUAUCUUUCAUCGGUUCAGCGAGGAAAUGAUGUUACAUUUUCCUGGAUGCUUUGGAACAUCAGUAACAAGCCAUAUGGAAUUAAAGGAGCUCUUCGACGAGCCGGAGGAACCUGUCUAUCCGAAACCGGAGACAAUCAGAUAUUUAAGUUCACAGAGAAUGACUCGAAAGAUAACCACUCUCGUGGCAUUGACUUACCAGAUAACAUAGCACCAGGAACCGUAAUUAUGAUUGCACAAACCCUUAAAGUCUCGGAUCGAGCGGAUCAAUACUCAAUUGGAGCCCUCACCCUGGAGCUACUCCUCUCAGAACCUGGGGAUAGAGCUGACUGGUUCUCCACCCUACCAUCCCCUUGUCCCCCUUUACGCUCUAUUAUGACGUAUUCCCUCCAAGUUCAAGUUUCGGCGAAAUACAGCUACAAUCCCAGUUCCGCCUUCCUGAUAGUUGUCAACUCUGAAACAAAACCGGAGACAAUUCAUCAGUUAUAUAGGUUGAUGGGAGACCUGAAAACGAGCGCUGAUGUUUGGAACUUGAGUGUGUACGGAAGCUUCAUCAACCCAACCACUGGGCGAUGCUUACUACUUGAUUAUAUCGGGAAGACGAUAGUAAUUUUUGGAAACCCGUUCGAAUAUUUCCGUCAAGGAAUGCGCUCCGCAUUCGGGUUGAUAGAUCCAUUUGUGGUCGCACAUCUUGCAGCAGCCGGAACGAAUUUUCUCUUUCCGGAGACAGUGAGCGGCGAUGCAUCCCUAAGCUCCUGGUUCUCUCAUUUGUAUUUUCCUACAUAUGUUGUAGCACCGGAAACGCAGGCCAUCGAUCGGAAGAUAUUAAUUCCCACCAUAAACUGCGAACAACGGAAUCGUAAUCUUGACACUCACAUAUUCAUCGCAAAACCUCAACUUCUCAAGAAGAACAAGACAGUCUUGGUGGACGAGACAAAACGAACGGCAAAGUCCCUAGAUGACCAUCUCCCCCUACACCGAUUUUCAGUUGCUCCUGUCACAAGUAUUUCCAAGAAGAUCGCGGGAACAGUCAUUGUGCGGCAAGGACUACCCCGAUAUGCUCGUGUCGUCGCUGCAUACGGAUACUGGCACGGCUUCGGAGAUAGACUCUCGGAUUUGAACACUUUUAUGAUGGUGGCUUCUCUGCCGUUCAAGACUCGGGUCAAGAUAUUCUGGAAUAGGUUUAGUGGAGAUAUACCACCAGAUCCCGCCGGAGAUAUUUAUGAUGUUAGUGUAUUCGAAAGUACUACUAACAAGCCAAUUAUAAACCCAUCGGGCGUCGUGGAGCUCGAUUCCGGAGACGUAUCGGCAAUUACUAGGGAGAAAUCAGCGAAAAAGGCGGAUAAUCCUAUUAGUCGUGCCCAAAUUGAUGAGAAGAUUUACAAAGCAGUUGCUUUAAGCCUUAAUUACGAGAUGGAGCAAGAAAUUUCCCGUUUCUGUGCCGAAGCACCCUGGCCCGACCCCAUCCCCGAAAACAAUUGUCUCUACCAAGUUUCGAAGGUUGACUACUUCCUGACUCUUGUCGUCAAUGCGUCGAAGGCCGAGCUACCGAGUGACUUUCAACUAUUAGUUGAGACCCUCGGUUGUCUUGUGGCAGGGAUUGAACCCGUCGGAGCAGGCCAAUAUAUUGGGCAAAAGAUGGUUUCAUACGGCAAACGACGGUCUCACCUUCGACUACAGAUAUUUGCAAAACUAGAUGUUGCCGUGCGCUCAGUAUAUGCGGAAAAAGUUGCUGCAAAGAUCAAGAGGAAACUCAUGCGCGAAAGCGAUAAGCUGAAAAAUGAUAUGGGGAAAACCGAAGAGAAGGCUAUGAUGAAAGUCAUUAUGAAUAAGUGCGGAGCUCUUACGAAUGAGAAUUUGGCGAGCCAUCACUUUCUGGAUACGAGUACGGUAGAAGGGAAGUCGGAGGCGUGGGCGGAACAUGAGGCGGCGACAAGGAUGACGAAUCAUGCUGAGCUUUUGACCAAGAUUAGGAUGGAUGAGCUAUAUAGUCGGGAAGUCCUUGAAAAGAUGGUGAGAAUGUAG